AUGCGCACCCCCUUUGGAGCGAAAGUCCUCUAUUGGGCCCCGAAGAAGCAACGCAAGCCUGAACGAUCCAAGUUUUCUGGCACAGGGAUUGAAGGUAUAUUCCUUGGGUACCACAUCCAACCUGGUUUUAUCUUCAAGCUUGAGUACGUUGAACAGCUUAGCGAAGAUCUGGAUGAAAUGUUCCCAGAGCUAUUUGGUCCUGAUCGUGAUAAAGAUCCUCCGCCGAAGGACGCGAAAGAAGCCACCCGCAAGGGUGAGUCAAAGUCUGAUUCCCGUGCAGCAUUGCUUGAUGAUGUUCCGUUCUCUGUGAAGCAGAAGCUGAAGUCCAGCAGCGCAGCAGUAGCAGCGCAAGAACCACCGUAUGGUUAUGUGUGGAGCGGGGAAUGUUUGGUCAAGAAGAACAACAAGAACCGCCCCAACGCUAUUGAUCAUACUGCAUGGAAGACUAUGUCGAAAAGACAAAGAGCAACAGCAAUUGCAGAGCAUGAAAAGAAGCUACAUGAGGAGAAUGAGGCACUGUACCGUGAAGCUGUGAAGGUGGAUUGGUGGGACGGCGAAACCUACUUCGACCUCGCAGGCCGGGAACAGUCUGAUUUCGAGCUGGCAGUUGCAGCUGCCCGCAAGGGCAAGCCGGUUGGGCAUUUCAAGCUACUGAAUGUUGGUACAGCCGAACAAGUGGCGGACGAUGCCUUGAAGCUUAUUGGACAUACAACCAGCGCGAAUGUAGCCGGGUGCAAACCCGAGUCGAAGGUCGAGGUCGACAACAAGGUUUCGGUAGCAGCAGCUCCGGAUGCAGCAAGGAUCGUUGAGGACUUCGCUAAGCAAUCGUUCGAUGCUAACGAUUACAGCUUCAAGACCUUCGAGAAGCUAGCCCACAUCCACACGGAUAAGUACAAUCAGAAAGAAUCGUACAACCUGACGUUCUCCUUCGGUAACUAUACAGGGGGGAUGGCAGCCAUCGUUGUGAGCGACGAGUUCUGCAGGGUCAACACCUCCGAAGCAGACAGGGCUGGAGUAACCAAGGCCAUGAAAACCCUUCUCCAAUCCGCCGCCCUCAACAACGAUAUCAUUUCGCUAGGUGCCGAUCACGAGAGCCAGCUCUUGGAGUCGGCGUACAGCUGCGUAUCCACACAAUGCGCGGCUGGGGUGUCUUUGACCCAUGCCGACGCGACCUGUGUGGCGCUGCGCCAGAUGGCUGACCUCAGCGACGAGGGACUCGCCAAGUUGAAGCCAACCGCAAGGUUGAGCCCCAAGGCCAAGCGAGCCAUCAUUGUCGUGUCAGACAGCUCCACCGCACUUUGCAAGAAGAACAGACGGGGAGUGUUCGUCAAGGCCGACUUGGAUGCGGAAGUGAACAUCGCAAGCAUGACGCUGGGAUGGGCACAGACUCGCUACACUAUGUGUUGGGGCAAAACCUUGGCGUGGAUUGUCUGGCAGGUCGAGGAACACAGCAAAGAGCUUCGCACCAACUAUCCGGACCACACCAUCGACGUGAUUUGCUGGUGGUGUGGAAACGAGAUCUCCGGCCAGUGGGGCUGCAUCCCCACACGGCUUGGACCGGGACUCGCCUACAGAGAUCCCAAUGUCACGACGGAGACCGUCGCCCGGAAGGUGAGGAGGGCCGCAGAUGUUUUAGCCGCCCUCGCGGGCGAGCCGGACAUUGGUUUCGUGAAGGUGAUUGGGCAGGUGGAGGCGGACUUGUUCCAACUCCACUCAGCAUACAACGACUUCAACGCCGCCAUGUUCGAGGAGUUCAGACAGCGCGGUCUGCAAGUGCAGGCUGCGCGCUCCUUGGUCGAAAAGCUGGAAAUGUAUGACAGCUUCCACGCCAGUGAAGAUCCUCGCAACCGCGAGUUAUUCCAAACCUACUUGCAUGCCACUUUCAAUGCAAGCAGGAGCGAGUGGCUUGCCCAGAAAAUGACACCCUGUGUCAGGGCUCUGCUCGCUCGCUAUGAGCACUUCGAGACUGGCUCCGGUGCCAACAACCCGGUGCUCGAGGAUGUCUUCCAGCAGUGGCGUGCGGAGAGGGAGGACAAGAUGUGGGAAGCCCCAGAUGCCGCUGACGCAACCGACGUCACCAAGGUCUCCGAGGGGCCACCCAUGGAUAAAGCCAUCCGCAAGGAUGUGCCAAGGAUUGGUGCAACCACUGAUGUGAGUGCUGUUGCGGAGUGCGUCAAUGACAUUGUCACUCAGGACGCAGAUGGUAAGGUAUCCUACAAUACCCCAGGCACGGUGGAGUUGGUUGAUGAGGGAGACCAAGUCGACCCCAUCCCAUCAUCGAUUGGCAGAGUUAUUGAGCCCGCGGCACCCAAGAAGACCAAGAAGUCUGACCGCGAUGAGGACGCCAUGCGAAGGCUCAUGUUCAUCGAUGAAAGCGCCCCGCAAGGGGCUGCCACUGUGCCGGAGCUUCCGAAUGAGUACUUCUACAACGGUGCUAAGCACCUCAUGAAGCCCUUCAAUCCGGAGGACAUUGUAGGAGACAGGCACGUGACCUUCAAACACGGUGACCUGAAGUUCCUCACCAAGUUGCUCUGCGGCCACGAAUUGGAGAACUUCCCUGCACUGAUCUUUGACCGUGGGUGCUGGACAGACGUUGACACUCUGCUCCAGGUCUUCAACACGGCACGGAACGCACGUUGGGGCGUGAGGCAGCUGCUACGCGCAGCGAAAGCCGAUAACAAGGGACGGAUCAGGCUUUUGGGCAUCAAUGUCCCCAUGAAGGACACCCUGGGCCAGCCGCUAUUCCCUGUGCGUGUGAGAAUGGCCCAAGGGCAUAACUCCAAGCUCAUCGGCAAUAACCCGGACGCUGACUUCUUCCUCGCGACCAGGUUCUACAGCGGAUUGUCCGAGGUCGAUGCUGAUCUGCAAAGCAGCGUCAGGGGGGUCACCGUACUCUCCCGUGAGGACACGCCCUCCAAGCUUUACCACCGCACGAACGAGAAGGGCAUGAAGGGCAUCCUCCGCGACGGCAUGAUCGCUGGAUCCGCAAGAUCGGACAGAUCCCACAACUAUCUGUCGCCGUAUCGGCUGGACGAUACCAACUACAAAAGUGGUAUGCGAUCCAAUCAGCCCAUUGAGCUGACCAUCGAUACACAGCGCGCAAUCGCCGCAGGAUGUGUGUUCUUCGUCACGGAGACCGAUGGUGUUCUCACUCGCGACAAUGUGCCUCCUGACUGUGUGCUAUCCGCCGCCGACACCAGCAAGAAGAACCUCCCGCUCUAUGUCGCCGAGCACAAAGAAGCCGCCCGCGAGGGUGAGCCAGAGCGCAUUUUCCGCGCCAAGCGCGACUACGAGGAGGCUGCAGCAGCAAGCUCAUCGUCGGCACCGCCUCCAAAGCAGGCGGCCAUCGCUCCCAAAGCGAUUGCUUCUAAGAAGAUGCCGAAGGUGGCUCCCAAGCCCGCUGCCAUCGUCGAAAAGGACGAGGUUAUGGACUUGGAUGAAGCCACCCGCGAGGGUGAGCCUGCUGAUGCUGGUGGAUUCGCUCCUGACGAAACCGAGGUUGAGGUUGAGGUAGAUGAGGGCGAUACGACGGAUGCGGGUGAGGAUGAGCCAUAUCCACUUGGCUCACACCCAUGCCGUGAGUGCGCAGCAGUCGUUGCCAAUGGCAUGCUGUUCUGCCUCCGUUGCAAGGCUCCCCAAACGGACGACUCCAAGAAGAUCACCAAGCGAGUCUACGAAAAUUCGAGACUCCGCCAGCGCCUCCUCGCCACCGCGGCAACCGGAGCACAGAAGCCCAUUGAGGACCUCCUUGCGAGUGAUCUUCGAGGCCUCGGCGACGGACCAAAGAAGCGUGGCCAAAUGAGUGCAGAGGCAGCUGCGAUCCGUGAUGCCAAAGACCGAAAGAUCAGAGCCGCAAAGUUGAAGAUUGAUACCGUGUCGGAUCGCUUUGAGAAGGACGCGCAGUUCAACGUGAGGAUGAUGCAAGAGGGCCGCAACUUCGAGGACAUGCAGAAAUUCGACCACCUGGCGAACGCUGUGCUUCCCGAUCCAGGACGCAACGAGGAGCAGCGCUACUUGCGUGCCGGCUCCCAUUACGGUGGUGGCAAUGUUCCGCCUGCGAAGUUGGUUUAUUAUGCCCACUGCGAAGUGGAGCCGUUGAGGAACUUGCGAUUCAUCGAUGAUACCGCGGAUGUUCCCAUCGGCUUGACAUACCUCGGUGCAUUCCUCUCUCCGCGACUCUAUGCUGAGGUGGCAGCAGUGAAUGACGCUGCAAAACGGAUCCUGACUUUCGAUGGCGAGGUCUAUGUGUCGGCUACCACAACUGAAGGCAUCACAACUGAGAUCGGCCAAAUUCUUACCGAUAGCCUCCGUAGUGCUCAGAUCCAGACAGACCAAACGGAACGUUUGGCAGAGCGCAAUCGCCAGGCUGCAGUCCAGAAUCGCCCAUCCCAAAAGGGACGCGGUCGCACGACAGCACCCGAGCCGAUGUACAGAGGCUAUACCCAGGCCCAGUGGGACGAGUACUAUCGCCAGCGCCGUGGAGGUUACACUCAGGCCGAGUGGGAUGCAUGGAACCGCACCCAUAGGCGCUGA